UCUGCGAAAAGGAGUUUCUGUGGAACGGGGAGUCCCAAACCAAACGUUGAAAAGAUGGGAAAUGCAGAAAGCAAUGCCUAUCGGAACCACCUUUCCAGAUUUAUUCCUGAGGAGCAGUCUGAUAUUGAUGGAGUAUUUGAUACCUUAUCAGGAUCGAGUGAUUCAGCUGGAGCAAAAAAUGACAAAGCUACAAAGAAAACUGUGACUCUAGCAGCACUACAGGUGUAUAUGCGGGAGCCAGUACCAGAGCCAAUGACUGUUCGGAUAUACAACGGAAUGAAAAGUAUCAACCUGACUGGGAAAUCAUCUGGGCUGAGUGAAGAGAUUGCCAAGGAGCAGUUUGUAAUUUUUAUGUCAAACCUCUUAAAAGGGAAUGCAGACGAGAAGGUUGCCAUAAUAAUGAGAAUGAUCUCCAAGACAGAGGGGCCUGUGAAUGGCAAACAAAUCCAAGAGUUCACAGAGGAUCUGAUCAUGUCUGUAGUCCAUGUACUGAGCUACAGGAAGGAACUGAAAGGUUGGAAUUUGGAGAAUACUAGGGAUUCUUCAAGUGGAGUAAAGGCUCUGGCUUCUCAGCUGCUAUCAGAAUUGAAGCUUGCAGAUGGGACAAAACCUGUGGGUCCUCAGCUGAUGGAGACAAAUUUCGAUCAAAGUGUCAUUGAGGAUUGGGUGUACCGAGUUCCACAGAUCUCAGUUUUCCUCAAUGUUGUUAUCAGGCACGGCCUCCACGUUCUGCAUUCUCUCCCAGACCAAACCAAAGACAUACUCAACCUGGUUCCAGGCUGCAAAGGCAUCAAAGGAAGAGGACUUGUCAGUCUCUUCGACAUCCCAUCCAUCAUAUACAUCAACUCCCAUCUGCCUGCAGAGCUACAGCACAAGUGGCGGCUUCUGUUUUCUUCUAGGCUUCACGGAGAAAGCUUUUCACAGUUAUGUGGGCAUAUAGUGAACAAAGGUCCUUGCAUAGUGAUCUUAAAGGACUUAGAUGGUUAUAUCUUUGGUGGGUUUGCAUCUCACUCCUGGGAGGUGAAGCCACAGUUUCAAG